CCCAUUCCCAAUAACGAGGUUCAGCGUUUGUGCCCCUCGACAACACCGAUUUUUCACAAAAUAGUUGAUCUUCUCACGGCAACUACGAUAUUCUUCUAUCAUAAUGUCUGCUGCCCAGCUUCUUAAUCCCAAAGCCGAGUCCCGGCGGCGGGGUGAAGCUCUCCGAGUCAACAUCAGUGCUGGUGAAGGCCUCCAAGAUGUUCUCAAGUCCAACUUGGGUCCUCUCGGAACCAUAAAGAUGCUUGUCGAUGGCUCUGGACAGAUCAAAUUGACGAAGGAUGGAAAUGUACUUCUGCGAGAGAUGCAAAUACAGAACCCUACCGCUGUCAUGAUUGCACGAGCUGCCACGGCACAAGACGAUAUCUGCGGAGAUGGCACAACAUCAGUUGUCCUGCUAGUAGGAGAGCUUCUAAAGCAGGCUGAUAGGUAUAUCUCGGAAGGAUUACACCCUCGUAUCAUAACAGAAGGAUUUGAGAUUGCGAAGGCCGAAUCUUUAAAGUUCCUGGACUCCUUCAAGCUUCCGAAAGAGGUUGACCGAGAAUUGCUCCUAUCCGUUGCCCGAACGUCGCUAUCUACGAAACUCAACUCGACCCUUGCCCAGAAGUUGACUCCUGAUAUUGUCGAUGCCGUCCUAGCUAUCUAUCAAGCCCCCGCGAAGCCGGAUUUACACAUGGUCGAGAUCAUGAAGAUGCAGCACCGCACCGCCUCAGAUACCCAACUCAUCCGCGGAUUAGCAUUGGAUCACGGCGCCCGACACCCGGAUAUGCCCAAGCGAGUAGAGAAUGCAUUUAUCUUGACUAUGAAUGUUAGUCUGGAAUACGAGAAGUCGGAAAUCAACUCUGGCUUCUUCUACUCUAGUGCCGACCAGCGCGAUAAGCUCGUAGAGAGCGAGCGCAAAUUUGUAGAUGCCAAGUUGAAGAAGAUUGUAGACCUCAAGAAGGAAGUCUGCGGAAACGACCCUAAGAAGAGCUUCGUUGUCGUCAAUCAGAAGGGUAUCGACCCGCUUUCCCUCGACGUAUUGGCGAAGAACGGCAUCUUUGCUCUGCGAAGAGCCAAGAGGAGAAACAUGGAGAGAUUACAGCUCAUCUGUGGUGGUAUCGCUCAGAACAGCGUGGAAGACCUAUCUCCGGAAGUUCUCGGAUGGGCUGGUUUGGUAUACGAGCAACAACUGGGUGAGGAGAAGUAUACCUUCAUCGAGGAGGUAAAGGAUCCUAAAUCAGUGACUCUGAUGAUCAAGGGCCCGAAUGCCCACACGAUCACCCAGAUUACAGACGCUGUACGGGAUGGCCUACGAAGUGUGUACAACAUGAUCGUCGAUAAGAGCGUGGUUCCCGGAGGCGGUGCUUAUCAGGUUGCUUGUGCGGCUCACCUUAAGAGCGACGCUUUCAAGAAGACAGUCAAGGGCAAGGCCAAGUGGGGUGUUGACGCAUUCGCGGAUGCGCUCUUAAUCAUUCCCAAGACUCUCGCCGCGAAUGCUGGCCAUGAUAUCCAGGACGCACUUGCUUCGCUGCAAGAUGAGCAAGCCGAGGGCAACGUUGUGGGCCUAGAUCUAAUUUCUGGCCAGCCCAUGGACCCCACAUUGGAGGGUGUGUAUGAUUCGUUCAGGGUGCUGAGAAACUGUGUUGCAUCUUCGUCCAGCAUCGCUUCGAAUCUCUUGCUCUGCGACGAGAUGCUUAAGGCGCGACAGAUGGGCCGACAAGGUGGACCGGGACCCGGAAUGGAUGGUCCUGAAGAGUAAAGAAAAGGAGUGAAUAUGUGAACACGGCUAGCUGAUACCACUGUACGUUAGACGCAUGAGAUGGCGUUGUUAAUAGACGUGGAUGGAAUGAUCCGUGAACCAAUCAGGCCAUUGGGGACAUUU